AUAUAGUGAAUGCAGGGUCCGGGGAGACCGGAUAUAGUGAAUGCAGGGUCCGGGGAGAGCGGAUAUAGUGAAUGCAGGGUCCGGGGGGACCAGAUAUAGUGAAUGCAGGGUCUGAGGGGACCAGAUAUAGUGAAUGCAGGGGUCCAGGGAGACCGGAUAUAGUGAAUGCAGGGUCCUGGGAGACCAGAUAUAGUGAAUGCAGGGUCCAGGGAAACCAGAUAUAGUGAAUGCAGGGUCCAGGAAGACCAGAUAUAGUAGAUGCAGGGUCCUGGGAGACCAGAUAUAGUGAAUGCAGGGUCCGGGGAGACCAGAUAUAGUGAAUGCGGGGUCC